GUUCUUUCGAAAUCAUUCACAGAGCUGUUAUAAGGCAAUUCUUCUCGCGUUCUCUUCCUCCUCACGUUGGGAAUCACCAUGACUCCCCCCCUCUCCUCUCAAUCUCUGGAGCCACUAGUCCUCCCAGCCCAACCGCCGGCCUUUGGACAUCAGAUGAAGGAGUACUUUCAUUUUGAUCCCGAAUACGUGAACUUGAACCAUGGCUCUUUUGGAUCUCUUCCUCGGCCGGUCAGUGCGUGGUGCAGUGCUCUAUCCGACAAGAUCGAAAUGAAUCCGGAUCUGUUCAUGCGAGUGACGUACCAGUCCAUGCUCGUCACUGUACGCGAAAAAAUUGCCAGCUUUAUCGGAGUCAGUGACGUGGAUGAGGUGGUAAUAGUUCCGAAUGCCUCGCACGGGAUUAAUACCGUCCUGAAGAACUUUAUCUGGGAGGCGGGGGACGUUAUUGUUACCUGCAAUACGACGUAUGGUUCCAUCUCCCGAACAGUGCAGUACAUUUCCGAUGUCCCUCCCCAUCCGGAACGUGCGCUGUUCACCAUCCUCUUUCCUACUACAAAGGAGGAUAUCAUCUCACGAUGGAGGGACGAUUUACGAUCGGUCCGGGAGCGCGCCGGAAAAAAUGCGAAAAUAGUUGCUGUUAUAGACGCGAUUGUAUCUAAUCCAGGAACUCUUCUUCCUUGGGAGGACAUGACGGAUAUUUGCCGUGAGUUUGAUGUAUGGAGCGUUGUAGAUGCAGCACAUGCUAUCGGGCAGCAGCUCGGAAUCAAACUCGACGAAGCCAAGCCAGAUUUCUGGAUAAGCAAUUGCCACAAGUGGCUGUUCGCAAAGAGGAGCGCUGCGGUGUUGUAUGUUCCUAAGAGGAACCAGCAUAUUGUCGUCUCUAGCUUUCCGACGUCGACUUUUUAUAUAUCGCCUAAAGAUCGUACAGGACCAAACUUCGUGAAGCAGUUCGAAUGGAACGGGACCAUUGACUGGGCACCGUACCUCAGUGUUUCUGCGGCCCUCGAUUUCCGCAAGUGGCUGGGCGGUGAAAGUGCGAUCAAUGAGUAUUGUCAUAAUCUUGCCAUCGAGGGGGGUAAAGCGCUUGCCAAAGUUUUGAACACGAAAGUCAUGGAUGAAGAUGGCCAGUUUACUGCGCAUAUGGUUAACGUCGUCAUGCCGCUUCCUGGUCACAUAAAGCCGACGUUGGAAUUAGAUUUGAUGAUGAAGAAUAAAUUGUUGGUCAAACACAAUGCCUUCGCCGCUACUUAUUAUCAUAAUGGAAUGUGGUGGACGAGGUGCAGUGCCCAGAUUUGGAACGAGGUUGGGGAUUUCCAGAAGCUUGGGACCGCUCUCCUCACUCUAUGCAGAGAGAUCGAAGAGGAAUAUAGAGACAAUUGAAUGCUGGUAUUACCAAUCCGUAGCAGACAAGGUGUGCGGUAAGGAGCGCUAUGCUAAGCGUAGGCUCCCCGAUGCACAUCGUACGCGUCUUCUAUGGCUGUAGGCGUGAAGGAAGUCAUUCAUCAAUGCAACCGGGAUCUGAUAUAGAUAUUCGUACAUGUACUGUCCUUUCGUUUUUGAAGCCUCGAUGUGGGUUCCUGAAAAGGUAAUAUUUAGGCAAGGAAAAGCUGUACAAGAAAUAUCGCGCGACGCGCUCAAUAAAAUUUCCCA